ACAGAUAAAACUAGAGUGGCGAAUCAUUAACACCGAUGCCUCCAGCAAACGGACUUCACGUGCUAAAGAUAUGAAUGCGCCGGAAUGUCGAAUCACACUCCGCUCGUCGACAUACAAGAUUAUAGAUGCAGCCAUAGAACUACCACUGCAUGCGGGGGCUAUACAUUCGGAUUUCAAUGUCAAGACAGCGCAUAUCUAACUACACAGAAUUAUUAUCAUUGCAGUUUGAAUAUUGACAUUCAAAAUGAGACUUCUUAUUCUUGUAACAGAUGUUUUAAUGACACUUUGGGUAUAUACCGCAACAAUUCAUUCUGCGACGCUGACUUUAAACUAAACAUACUGUCAGUUGUAUUUGAAAGUGCUUUAAAGGACUUAUGGCUCAGUCUUCCGGUGCUUCAAUCUUGCCAUUGGGACCAGUUAAAUUGUUUUCACAAUCAUUUCGAUCGAAAUUAUAGCGGUAACAGUUCUACGGAAGUGUUACAGUGCAAAUGGAGGUUCAAAAAUGAUUCUUUGCAGUCAAUUACAAGAAUCGAGUACGAUUGGAGCUUUCUAUUUGUAAUCAUGUUUAUAAUAGCCGGUGGAGUGGGUAAUAUAUUGGUUUGCUUGGCAGUGUGCUUGGAUAAAAGACUACAAAAUGUAACAAAUUAUUUUUUGUUGUCAUUAGCUAUUGCUGACUUACUUGUCAGCUUAUUCGUCAUGCCAAUGGGGGCAAUACCAGGAUUUCUGGGUUAUUGGCCACUUGGCGUGGCGUGGUGCAACGUGUAUGUGACGUGCGAUGUGCUAGCAUGCUCCGCGAGCAUCAUGCAUAUGUGCUUCAUCAGCAUCGGCAGGUAUGUGGGUAUUCGUAACCCACUGAAGAGUCGCCACCAUUCCACCAAGAAAGUUGUCAUAAUAAAAAUAGCACUUGUAUGGCUACUAAGCAUGAUAGUUUCGAGUUCUAUAACAGUAUUGGGUUUAAUUAACAAAAAAAACAUCAUGCCUAAUCAAGGGCUCUGCGUUAUCAACAACCGACUUUUCUGGAUAUUUGGCUCACUCGUCGCUUUUUACAUGCCGAUGUUGACAAUGGUAGUUUCAUUUGCACUGACGGUCCACCUCUUGAAGAGACAAGCCAAACUGGCGGCUACGCCAGUAUCGGGGGGCACUCAAAGAAGGCUAUGCGGCUUCAACACUGGACAACCUGGCAUACGGCGGAUCGGGGCUAAAAGUUCACCCAAUCUGUCCACAAGUCGAUCAGUAACCAGGCAGACUACUUGGAGGGUAGCAGGCCGUCAUGAAAGUAACAAGAUUGGAUUGAGUGUUUCACAUCCAGAACUGAGCUACUUAAACGGCGCAGAAACAAAAAGGAGUAAAAGAGCGCGUAACGUUGGCACCCAGACACCGCCCAAUAUAAGUGUAGAAACCAGAAAGGCCAGGAAUAGGAGACUAGGACCGCCGAAACUUAUACAUGCUCCAAAUCCAUUGACGUUAAGAUUUUUACCCUACCGGAAAAAAGACCGCGCGAUGACUGCUAAUGCCGUAGCAAAUGAACAAAAAGCUACCAAAAUAACGUGGUGGACGUCUGCCUCUGGCUGGGAUAUGUUUCAUCGACUAUCAAUCCCAUCAUCUACACUAUUUUCAAUAGAACUUUUCGAGCUGCAUUCCUACGGUUGCUUUGCUGUCAAUGUUCAAGACGCGGGCGCUGUACGCUGUAUCGAUCCGCUGUGGGGUCCACACGCAGCGCUUCGCAGUUAUGCGCACAGUCGGCGUUACCGCUGGCGAUAUCUCUGCGCUCCUCGAACAUGAAUGAAGUCGCAGUGCCAGAUACAAUCGAGACUAUUAUGAUUGAACCAACAUUGCCAAACUUUCGUCACUAUUA